CGAAACAGACAUUCAUCGAUGGACGGCGUACAUCAAGGGGCCUAAGGGCUCGCCUUAUCAAGGAGGCCGCUGGAAGCUGCAGAUUAUUUGCCCUCCGACUUAUCCUCUGGUGCCGCCUCAAGUUGUAAUGCAAACAAAAUGCUUCCACCCUAACAUUGAUUUUAAAACAGGCGCCGUGUGCAUCGAUAUACUUCGAGAGGGUUGGACGCCUGCUUGGUCUUUGCAUUUUGUUUGUGUUGCUCUGACUUCUCUUCUUGAUUCUCCAAACCCUGAUAGUCCUCUUAACUGUGAUGCAGGCAAUUUAAUUCGCAGCGGCGACCUGCGGGGUUUUCGUUCAAUGGCGAAGAUGUACACUGAAGAAUAUGCAAAAGACGAAGAAGAUGUUUCUCGAGAAUCUAAUUUUUAA